UUUGGCAGUUUCUCAACACAGUUACAUUACAUUUAGGCGAUGCUCCGAAAUAAAGUAAAAGCAUUAUGCGAAGUAUCAUAAGCAUAACACCAGCUAAAGUGUCAGCUGCACACAGCAGCGGAGCAGAGUGCGGAAGUGUGAUGCCACUCGCAGAAACUGAAAGUAGCGUCAACAAAAGAAAGAGGCAGUGUUUGAACACAACACAAUGAGCCAUCAAAUAGACGAUGUAAUGGCGCUCUGCUGUAAGAUCUCAGAGAGCAGGCAGAUUAAAGCGGCUGUACAGAACUCAGCCAAAGGAGCUGCUGUUGCUGGUGGAGGGGCUUUUGUAGGGGGGCUGCUCGGAGGUCCACCCGGUUUAUUUAUUGGUAGUGCUUUGGGAGGUGCCGUGGGAUGGUGGAUGACUAGUGGCAAAUUCCAUCCUCUUCACCAGAUCAUAAUGGAGAUGCCUCGUCAACAGAAGAGGAAACUGUACUCUGAGGUCAUGGCAGUACUGGGCAAACUGGACUGGGUUGAUCUGGCUCAACUCAUUUUUCUAGUGAUGGGUAAUUCCUCUCUACAAAUGCGAGUACUUACUACUUUAAUCUCUUUUGCCACAAAAGAGCUCGGAGCCAAAGUGGAGUAUGUACAAAGAUAGUGUGUUAAAGUCACCGGCUUAGUCUAAGCCAAGUUUGACUAUCUGAAGAGCUUGUUUAAUUUAGGUGUUUUUGUUGUUUCUGAAAGAUGUGUUUUUACUUAAAUUUUUUCUUUAUUAUAAAGAUGCUUGUAGGUGUUAUGGUCGACUCCUUUCCCUAUAUUUCUAUUUGAAUCCAGUUUACCAGAGCCACAGAGUUUCACUGUAAACCUCAACAUGUUUAAAAUAUUUAAAUGUUUAAAAUGAAUGAAAUUCAAAAGAAAUUGAGUAAUGAAUUAGUGAGUCAAUCUGAGUAAUUAAGCAAUAAUCCUUUCUAAAACACGUAAAAUCAAGACCACCUCAUUAGCCAUUUCAGUACAGUUAAA